AUGUCGCUGUUCUUCGUUCUGGGAGCAUUGUGUCAUCUUCCCGCCGCAGUCCACGGACAGAGCCUACGCGGGACCUUGCACAAUUCUGCGGCUGACCUGGAAGGGACAGCAACAGUUUUCGACCCGGCAAAUGAGUCGUGGGCCGUGCAGAACCUGAUCUCUUGCCGCUACGGUGUGCUUUGCCACGGCACGGAGAUUUGGAGGAACGGCCAGAGCACUUGUGAGGGCAGUCUCGCAUGUCGAACAGAAGGUACCGAAGCCAGCUCGGGAGGCAACGGUGUCUCGGAGAUGCAGGACAACAGCAAUAGUACGACUGCUGUUGCGAACCUUUUGGUGUGCCGCUACGGCUCUUACUGUCGAGGUGGCUGGUGGUACCACUAUGGGCGCAGGGAGUGCAGGGGCGGAAUCGUCUGCCGACCUGGCCCAUACUAUGCCAGCUCUGAGAGCAGUGAGCCCACGCUGCCAAGCAUCAAGGGUGAGGACAUCAAUAGCGAAGACAGUCCACAGGUGGCAAUGAGCCCUCUGGAGCCCACAUAUGAUCCCGUGAACCAAUCCCAUGGCUUCAGCAAUUUGAUUUCUUGCCGCUUCGGGGUGGUUUGCCGCGGCACUUGGUUGUGGAUCAACGGUGUCCGCAAGUGCAGUGGAGCACUCGUUUGCAAGUCCGGCUACAAGGAGAUCAUGAAUGUUGAGUCAGAGGUUGUCGCCGCCGACGUUGACUCGAACUUCACCACAAUGAUGCAGGACAACAGCAAUAGCACGACUGCCGUUGCGAACCUUUUGGUGUGCCGCUACGGCUCUUACUGUCGAGGUGGCUGGUGGUACCACUAUGGGCGCAGGGAGUGCAGGGGCGGAAUCGUCUGCCGACCUGGCCCAUACUAUGCCAGCUCUGAGAGCAGUGAGCCCACGCUGCCAAGCAUCAAGGGUGAGGCCCGCAAUAGCGAAGACAGUGCACAGGUGGCAAUGAGCCCUCUGGAGCCCACAUAUGAUCCCGUGAACCAAUCCCAUGGCUUCAGCAAUUUGAUUUCUUGCCGCUUCGGGGUGGUUUGCCGCGGCACUUGGUUGUGGAUCAACGGUGUCCGCAAGUGCAGUGGAGCACUCGUUUGCAAGUCGGGCUACAAGGAGAUCAUGAAUGUUGAGUCAGCGGUUGUCGCCGCCGACGUUGACUCGAACUUCACCACAAUGAUGCAGGACAACAGCAAUAGCACGACUGCCGUUGCGAACCUUUUGGUGUGCCGCUACGGCUCUUACUGUCGAGGUGGCUGGUGGUACCACUAUGGGCGCAGGGAGUGCAGGGGCGGAAUCGUCUGCCGACCUGGCCCAUACUAUGCCAGCUCUGAGAGCAGUGAGCCCACGCUGCCAAGCAUCAAGGUUGAGGCCCGCAAUAGCGAAGACAGUGCACAGGUGGCAAUGAGCCCUCUGGAGCCCACAUAUGAUCCCGUGAACCAAUCCCAUGGCUUCAGCAAUUUGAUUUCUUGCCGCUUCGGGGUGGUUUGCCGCGGCACUUGGUUGUGGAUCAACGGCGUCCGCAAGUGCAGUGGAGCACUCGUUUGCAAGUCCGGCUACAAGGAGAUCAUGAAUGUUGAGUCAGCGGUUGUCGCCGCCGACGUUGAGUCGAACUUCACCACAAUCAUGCAGGACAACAGCAAUAGCACGACUGCCGUUGCGAACCUUUUGGUGUGCCGCUACGGCUCUUACUGUCGAGGUGGCUGGUGGUACCACUAUGGGCGCAGGGAGUGCAGGGGCGGAAUCGUCUGCCGACCUGGCCCAUAG